AUGUCUUACUCCUACGCCACAGCCAAGGCUAUCCUUAGCGAAGUCGAGAAGGACCGUAUCCUUGCCAUGUAUCUCAGCUCUGAUGAUAUGAACGACGCUUACGGCGCCGCCAGUGUCGACAGCAUGAAAGUCUCUUACCGCAACUCCCUCAAGAAGAUCGAGAAGGCCGGCGGCAAGACUGGUGCACAGAAUGAGGACGAAGACGAAGAGGAGACUACCAAGAGUCCCAAGAAGGCCGGCCGUCCUCGCAAGACCCCAGUCAAGUCCACCACGAAGACCGCCAUGAGCAAGACUCUCGGUGGACAUGAAGAUGCUGCUGCUACUAACGUCAACGUCGUCUCUGACAACAUCAAGCCUGAUCAGGAGGACGAACAGACUUCGGAGAUGAUCAAAGAGGAAGACGAGUCUGAGUGUUAA